UCUUGUCUAUAUGACAGUGAAUUGUUCUUUCACUACAACAGGAAUCAUUGCAAUGUGGAAUUCCUGGCAGUGAGUGUGCCUUUUGCUCUCUGGAUGAGCUUGUCUGGUAAUGAAAGGAGCUGGAUUUGAGCUUCCAAGAUUAAACUUCAGGAAUCUAAGUCUCUGAGUGAUAAGAGAACAAAAAUAGAGAGGAGGCCCGGCAAUCAAAGAAGCAAUGUGCUCUAUAAUAGGCGGAUCAGAUCCAUUUAAGAUCCGCCCCACAAAAUCUAAUACGCACAAUUUAACUACAACAGCUAGUAAUACAGAUGAUUGGUGCGCCACAUUUUCACUUUUCACUCGAUUAAUUGCUUAUACUUCAAUUUUAGCUGUGAUUGCGCUUGUUAUUUUCCUAGUUUUGAAAUAUGUUACGGACCUCGAUGAUGAGAACACCCUAUUAGACAUAGAGGAGGAAGCAAGAGGUAGUGAGGCAAACCCUUUAAGGGCAGCUGGAAAUAAGGCAAUGGAGUUUAGCUAUGGAACAUGCAGCAACACAGAUUCAGAAGAAUCAGGAUAUUGCAGCAGUAGCACCAGCAGCAGUAAUUUCUCGACAGAAUUGUAUGAUGGCAAAGUAUGUGUGAUAUGCUACGAUGAGGAGCGGAACUGUUUCUUUGUUCCCUGUGGUCACUGUGCUACAUGCUACGUUUGUGCUCGGAGGAUUUUUGAUGGGGAAAACAAGGUCUGUCCAGUAUGCCGGAGAUUCAUUGGAAAAGUUAGGAAGCUCUUUGCCCUGUAGGAUUUAAUCAUUUGGCUUUUCGUUUCCUUUUUUUUUUUUUUUUUUUUUUCUUUCUGCUCCUUUUUCAAUAAUCCAUUUUUGCUGUAAAGAGAAUUUGUGUAUUUGAAAAGAGAAAUAAUUUUUUAUUUUUUAUUUGGCCCAUUAUGUGUGUAACAAAGGGUCAAUUCAGCUGGGUUACAAAAGGCCUUAGAAACUCAUUGCAUCCCAAUUUGAAGAGGCUAGAAACAGAACUAAAUGAAACUGAGCACCAUUAUCUUUUUCUUUUUUUGGUGUUCUUUGGUAUUAAUUGUUCAAAACCAAGCUUCUGUUGUUGUUUCAAACUGUAAAUAAUCUAAAGAGGACAGCCUCUUUUAUGUUAUAAAACUUCCCUAAGUUCCAAA